AUGGAUGGAGACUACGGGGUGCGCAUUCUAGGUCCUCAAAUAAAAAGACCCACUCAAAAAGGGAAACUGUUACGUCAGAAGUACUGUCUCCGCAGUCGCCAGCAUCUCAACAGUCCCCUUCUCGCUCAUAUGCGCAUUCUACUUCUACGGAAGUACUGUCCCGGCAGUCACCAGCAUCUCCACAGUCCGCUACUCGCUUAUGUGCGCAUUCUAGGUCCUCAAAUAAAAAGACCCACUCAAAAAGGGAAACAGUUACGUCAGAAGUACUGUCUCCGCAGUCGCCAGCAUCUCCACAGUCCUCUACUCGCUUAUGUGCGCAUUCUAGGUCCUCAAAUAAAAAGACCCACUCAAGAAGGGAAACUGUUACGUCAGAAGUACUGUCUCCACAGUCGCCAGCAUCUCCACAGUCCCCUUCUCGCCUUAUGUGCGCAUUCUAAGUGCUCAUAUAAACCGGCACCGGCUGAGCAGACGCCGGCGUCUCCAGAGCCCCCAUCACGGGCUCAAUAUCCUGAUUCACGUAGUGACUCCCGCUCAAAGAGGCAUAAGGCAUCCAAGCCACCUGGAUCUCCAACUCAAACGCGCUCUCUAUCGAGAUCGCGCUCGAAGGCGAAGAUAAAAGUGGAGCCGAAGAUGGAAUCCUCGGCAUCGUCGAGGGCAGGCAAGACACAGUCGUCUUCGAAACGUCAGGCGCAGUCACCCUCAUCCUUAUUACAAAAGAGUUCAUCGCACCAAUUAUCAACGGAACAGCAACUAUCGCAAGGGUGGUUGGCAGCUUGGGAUUCAUAUAUAGAUAAGGUAGGUUCUCAAACAUGA